AUGACUGCGAAAAUUGAUCAGAAAGCCUAUUUACAAAAAUAUCUGAGUGGCUCAUCUGAUAAAAAGAAGAAGAAAAAGAAAGUUGUUAAAGGGAAAGGUUUCAAGAUCAUAGAUGAUGACCUGGAUCUGUCCAAACUACAAGAACUACAGGGACAUGAGUUAGAUAUAUUAGAUCAAGGUGAGGAUGCUCCACAGAUAGCAGGGAUCAUUGAUGAACGACCUGAGGAGGUUAAAAAGGCAGAAUUAUUCAAGAGUAGCUCAAAAUGGAGAGUUGUUACACAGGAUGAUGGCUUCAACACAAAACUCAAUGUAGAAGAAAUAAGAAGAGAUAUGAAGGAGGUAGAAAAAGAAAAUGAGGUUAUUUUUGGUAAAAUGUUUAGUGAUUCAGAAGAUGAAACAAAAAAUAAUUCAGACCAGUCACCACCUAGGAAACGCACUGAUGAAAGAAGUUUUACUCCAAAAAAGCCAAGAAGUGCAAGUGAUAGUGAUUUUAGUCCACCAAGACGAACAAAUAAAAGUAGAGAACGAACACCAGAAAAAAUCUCUAGAAGGCAUAAAAUCUCAAGUCCAAAAAGGAAUAGAAAUAGUGAUGAUUCUGACAUAUCCCCACCAAGAAAGCAAUCAAAAGUCAGAAAGGAGGAAGAGAGAAAAAGUAGAUGGGAUAAUGUUAAUGAUAAAUACGACAGUCAAGAAAGAUCAAAUUCAAUUUCUCCUAAAAGAUUUAAAAAAUCUACUAAAAGUAAAAACAAUAAAUCAUCUGACUCAGAUAGUUCUCCACAGAGGAAGUCACAUAAAAAUAAAAGGAAUGUAUCUGAUUCUGAUUCAUCACCCCCAAGAAAACAUAAAAAAGAAAAAAGAUAUGAUUCUUCAUCAAGAAAAGAGAAACAGCCACUAGUUAACAAACAUUGUGCUGAAUCAUCAUCUUCUCGAAAAGAAAGAAAUGUACAAAAGACAAAAGAUCAUUAUAAGAAUGGAAGUCUCUCCAGAAAAGAUGAUUCAUCUACAAGAAAAGCAAGUAAAAAUAAUGAAAGUGACGACUCAGACCUAUCUCCACCGAGAAAAGAACAAAGACAUAAGGAACACAGUGAUUCAGACUUAUCUCCACCAAGAAAAAAUAAAAAAAAUAAUGAUUCCGAUAUAUCACCACCAAGAAGAGGUAAAAGAAAAGAUUAUCAAAACAGCCCUCCUCCAAGUAAUAAAAAAAUGGCAAAAACAUUAGAAGGGAAAAUGGCAGGACUACAAGACGCAAAACAGUUAAGGCAAGAAAAUGAAUCAUUUCGACAAAGAGAAAACGAAGCUUACAGUAAACUGACUGAUGAUGUAUCAGGAAGGAAUGCAAAAGCUGUGUCCAGAAAAAGCAAACGAGAGAACUCUGAAGAACGUAAAAAACAAAAAGAGAAAGCAGAAAGACAAAAAGAGUUAGAUGAAAAAUACAAGAAAUGGAGCAGAGGAUUAAAACAAAUAGAGGCUCAAGAAGAAAAAGUACAAGAGUACAUAAAAGAAGCAGCCAAACCACUCGCCCGGUACAAAGAUGACCGAGAUCUGGAGGGAAGGCUGAAGGAUGUCGAACGGGCUGGAGAUCCUAUGUUGAAUUACAUUAGGGACAGGAAAAGAGAAAGGGGAGAGUUGGCACCAGCAAAACCGGCAUACAAAGGCAAUUUCCCACCAAACAGGUUUAAUAUUCCUCCUGGUUAUCGAUGGGAUGGUGUUGACCGGUCAAAUGGUUAUGAGAAGAAAUUCUUUGACCAACAGAGCAAGAAAAAGGCAUUGGAAGAAGACGCUUAUAAGUGGAGUACAGAAGAUUUGUAA